AUGGAUGAUGAUCGUAAACCACCGCCAACGAUGGAGGAGAUUCACGAGUUUAUGAUCACCCACUUUCUUUCUAAGACCGAAUCCUCUACGAGAGAAGUCGCUAGACACUUUCUUGAAGCUCGUGAAUGGCAUAUCGACGCUUCAGUCUCCGACUUCAACGACGCCGUCGCCUCCACCGUCGCAUCUUCGGCUGCCACUACGAGGAGAAAUGUUACAAACCCUAGAGACGGAGAGGACCGAGUAGACCCACGAGUCUUGGCAGCUCGAACUCUGUCUUCGAUUCUUCAUCCUCGAGUUUCAUCUCCGCCGCCGAUACGGCUGCGAUCACCUCGGUCUCCUCCUUCUCGUGCACGUAACCCGUUUAGUGACGAUUCCGAUGAACAAGAUCAGCAAGACGCUGCUAUACCAUCAUCAUCAAGAAGACUAAAAUUCAGAAGCAUAAGCGAGAUUCUUUCGGUGACUCCUGAACUGGUCCCGAUCACUGUCACUGUUUGGAGGAAUGGUUUCACUCUCGAUACUAAUAAUCGUUUAAACACAUUGGAUGAUCCGGCUAAUGCCUCCGCUCUUCGGUUCUUUGAAAGCUUGGAGUCACCACGUACAUUCGAUUCGAAAGAUGGCAAACAACGUUUCGUUAUCAAACUCAUUAGGCGUCAACGUGAAGACUUCCCUCCGGAGGAGUCACCUAAACCAUUCCAAGGAGUGGGAAGAACUCUGUCCGAGCCAGACUCUGUCUCUACUGACCCACCACCAGCUUCAUCCGACUCACUGACCACUGAACCAACACCAUCAUCAGUCGCCAUGGAGAUAGAUCUCACAGCGCCAACGACCUUGAUCCCGGUCAUAUUAGCAGAUGGCACGCGUAUUGUCUCCCGGUUCAAUACUCACCAUACCAUUAGAGACGUUCGAAACUUCAUUGACGCCGCUACACCAGGUGCAUCCUCCAGAGACUACCAGUUGAUCAUCAUGGGGUUUCCUCCGAAGACACUGACUGACUUAGACCAAACCAUCGACCAAGCUGGCAUCUCCAACUCUCUUCUCACCCAGAAGUUCUACUAG